GUAACUAUUCCUGAAGGUGUUUCAGAAGAUGAAGCCGCCGUCUAUCGAGCGUUGCUAAACUUGGCUGACCAGCGAUUGUACCGUACUGUCAGGUGGUCCCGUGCACUCCCAGACUUUGCUCAGCUAGACACCGAUGAUCAGAUUCUUCUAUUGCAAAAUUGUUGGGCUGAUUUGCUCUGUCUGGAUUGUUGUUGGCGUUCGCUACCUACUCCUACAGAAAUCCGACUUACUUCUAGCAAGUGUAUCAACUUAGAAGCUGCUCGUGAACUGGGUGCAGAGGAAAUUGUUGAGCGAAUGUUGCAGCUCACUCAGUAUCUCACACAACUGCAAUUGGACGUGGUUGAGUAUGCAUGUCUCAAAGUCAUUGUAUUGAUGCAGCCAGAUUUAAAGAAUCUUAAAGCUUCCGCCCAUGUUCGGACGUUCCAAGAAACUGUUCGAAGGUUGCUGGCUGAUUAUAUCAGUACAUCCUCAUCCGGUGUACGGGAUAAGUUCUCCCGGUUAUUGUCUCGUAUCCCCGAGCUACAGGUAACCAGCCAGACAGCCAGAUUGAUGCUGGUCGAUUUAGACCUGAGCGCCUACCUAUCAUCCAAUUCGUUAUUGAUGGAGUUACUGCGCAGUGAUAUUCAACGGUACUCUCCCGGUGUGGGCUCUUCUGAAGAGCCGAUAAUCACCUCGUCCAGUGGUAAUACUGUCCCAUCAUCGAAUACAAAGGAUAUAACAACUGACGCACUAUCCGACUCAUCAGUGCGUAAGACGUCUGACGCUUCUAAUGAGCCCAAAGCAGAAGAAUUAAAUAACUUUCCUAAUCCUGCCAUGGAAACCGACGAAGCCACUAGGAAUCUUGCGCAAAACCCCACACCACAAUCCGAUGAAAGCCAGCUUUUGAAUAACGUAGCCGAGGUUGUGGACACAGAAGCUCAAAACGACGAUACUUGA